GUCGAAAGGAGAUAAAUUCAUCUCAACCUUAAAAAACCACUACACAUCACCAACCUCAAAAAUCGUAACAUCACCAAUCUUACGAACAAAACUAUACUCGUUUACCUUAUUUACCUUACUCUUACACAUACCUAUCACCUUUCUCAACAUCUAUAAUCUCCCAAAAAUGUCCGCCCUACCAACCCCGCCGAUCACCCCCUUCGAGGCUACCUUCCUCGAUGUCGUGAACGACAUCGCUGAAGCUCACCACCCAAGCCCUGCCAUUCCUGCUAUCCCUGCUAUCCCUGCUAUUCCUCAUAAUUUCUCUCUGACGCCCCUCCAACUGCUCCCUAAGAGGCUUAAUUACCGCCGUCAUCAAGCCCGCCAAAAUCCACAAGCUCAAGUAGUUGUGGUCACUGAGGCCGAGAUCACUAUAGCGGGGCCACAAAUGCAGAAUGCCAUGUGGGGCAUCGACAGGGUCAGCGAGAGCGAGAGAGCUGAAGCAGCAGCGAUUCUUGAAGCGACGGUCGACCGAUGGGUUGUGUCGCAGAGAAAUGGCGGGAUGUUGCCAAGAUGGUUGUGCGAUGACGAGAAAAAGAGCGGCCGUGUUUACGACCGUCUCUGGAAGGUCGAAACUGCAAGAUUAAUCCCAUGGAGAUACGCUCCCGCAGACUACACGGGGCCUACGCUCUUGUAUGAUGUUUUGAUCGACCGUGUCAGAAGAAUACAAAUCCAGGACCAGGCAAGGCUUCGAGAUGUUGAGGACAACCUCGGCGUUUGGGGGAGGGAAAUGGAGGUGACGAUAAAGAGGAGAGAAAACGAAGAGGACACUGAGGAUGAGGCGGAUGAGGACGUCGAGAUGAGAGAAGAGUCCACCGAAGACGAAACGGAAGAUGGUGACUCCGAGGAAGAAGAAACAUCCGGAGAAGAAACUUCGGACGAAGAAACCUUCUACAAUGAGGAAGAUUACAUGUUCGAUGAGGCGGAAGAAGAUAACUGGAGGUUGAGGUGUGAGUGAGAUAUUACGAGUGCGCAGAUAACCAAGUUAACGGUACUGCACUGGCGUUGCUAGCAACUUUUAAGCUCGGCAUCGGACGAACAGUUUUGACAAGCAACACAUCACCAAAAGCAAAAGUGUGACUCGGCGUUUUAUUUUUACUGGCGGUUUAGGCAUUGGCUUGGGAUGGAUGCAUUAUUUCAUGAGCGGUUUUCGGGAUAGCGUUUUUUUGUAUCUGUGGGUUGGUGUCUGGGACCGGCGAGUGUCCUCGGCAUCAACCU